AUGUUUUCCAUUGCAGCUAUUAAUGAUACAGAAUCUCGGAAUCAGUGGCAGCCGUUAGCCCCAACCAAAGAAGCUCAGGAGUUUCAUCUAUCGCAGUUGUAUCAUGACGGACUCUUGAGUUUACAAUCCAAAGACUACAAAAAAGCUCGUGAACUAUUAGAGUUGGUGUUAAAAGAUCCAUUAGUGUCAAAUGCUCAGGUGGAAAAUAGUGCAAGUGAUGGUCAUAUUUUACAGCUCAGAUUUUUGGCGCUAAAAAACCUAGCAACUGUUUUUCUCCAGCAAGGUCGUUCCUGUUAUGACAACGCUUUAUGUUGCUAUCUUCAAGCUGUAGAGAUUGAUGACAGAGAUUCUGUUGUCUGGAACCAAUUAGGAACCCUAUCUUGUUCCAUGGGUUCAUUAAGCAUCUCCCGUUGGGCUUUUGAGCAAGGCCUAAUUUGCAGCCCUAGUAACUGGAAUUGCAUGGAGAAACUCUUGGAAGUCCUUAUUGCAAUUGGUGAUGAGGUCGCCUGUCUUUCUGUUGCAAAACUUAUAUUAAGGCACUGGCCAUCUCAUUCUCGGGCAUUGCAUGUCAAGAAUACUAUUGAGGACUCGGAACCAAUUCCUUUCACUCCAAGGGGCAUAGAUAAACUAGAACCAAAACAUAUACGCCUAAAAUUUCCAGAAAAGAGAAAAGCUACUGAUAAGGACUUGGAAAUGACCACAGCAUCUAAAAGGAUGAAGCAAAACAUUGAGAUUCAUCUUUCAGAAGCCUCCUGGAUAGCUCUUGUUGGUGAAUUAGUGGACAUUUUGAAUUCAUCACCUACAUCUGGGGAUGUUAGACUAACCAUACAGUUGCCUUCAUCUGCUGUAAUUGGUUCUAUUGAAAAUAAAGGAUUUGUCCUGCCAGAAGGUGCAGCAAGGCCUUUCAGUAAUUCCGAACCUGUAAAUGAGAAGGAAGGAACCUUAUUUGAUGAGCAACCUCAAGAGAGACGAAGCAGUCGUCUCGAAAGGCUCAGGAGCCGCAAACCAGGUAAAGACGAUUCUGAUUUUUCCACCAGUAAGGAUCUUGCUAAAGUUGUGAAACAAUUUCUGGUGCCUUAUUUAAUGGAGGGAACCCGACCUGCAAAUUGCCCCAGCAAUUCUGAUCCUUCUUUUCAUAGUGCUGAAGUAUUGAGUAAUUCAGUGGACUCUGAAUCUCCUGAUGUCAUUGAAUUUGUCCAGAAUACUUCCAAUAAUUUUGGUGCUUACCACAUGGGUCACUUGCUCUUAGAGAAAAUUGCAAAUAGACGCAUUUCGUAUCAGUAUAGUAUAACAAAAGUUUUGGACUUAGAGAAGGUUACAAGGCACUGGGGAUUGGAACGAAGUCCUGAGUGUAGUCUUUUUCUUGCGGAGCUGUAUUAUGAUAAUGGGUUACAGCCUUCUGAAACAUUGACGAGCAACUUCAUAUCAGAAGCAUCCUAUCAUCUUUGUAAGAUUGUGGAAUCUGUAGCUCUGGAAUAUCCAUUUCAUAUCACUGGAGUGAACGGGAAGAUUGACUAUUCAGUGAGGGAUGUCUCGGAGAAUGACCAACAAGACAACUCGUCCUAUUUAAAUAACAAGAACUGGUUCUGGAUACGAUUUUUCUGGUUAAGUGCACGGCUGUCUCUUUUGGAAGGUGAUAAAGUGAAAGCUCAAAAAGAACUUUCUAUCGUGUUGGCCCUCUUCACAGGCAAGGAUAAGGUGAACAGCCCACGUGGUUCUAUUUGCUUGCCACACUGUAAAAUAACUAAAGAACUGACUGUUGAUAGGGUCCUUCAUGCAUUAAAUCUAAUUGACAUUGAUUACUUGUUGAAGAACUCUAUCAGUGGAAUGCUUGAGAAAAGCAUGCAUGCAGAAUGUAUUAAGAUGCUUGCUCCUUGUUUAUUAUCGGCAAAGGAUGUUCAUGUCGAAGUGUUAUGUGAUUGGGGUCGUGAAGAUAAAGGAAACAAUUCAGUUGAGUUAUCUGCAUUAGAUGUUCUGAUCAGAUCGUGUGAAGUGGCUGAACCAAUGGAUAUUGACAUCUACUUGAAUUGUCAUAGAAGGAAACUCAGUUUACUUUUAGCUGGAGCUGUUUUAGAGAGCAAGUCUCCUCAAAACACACCAGGUUUAAAUACUUCUUCGGAAAGUCAGCCAAAAGAAAGCCUCUGGAAGCAUUAUAAUCAUUUAGUUGCUGAAGAGGUGAAGGCUAUUUCUCGGUCUGCAUCACAAAUAAAGGGCAUUAUCAACUCCAGUGAGAAUUCUAAAAAAGUUCCCCUAGCGGUCAUUGGUGAUAUCCAGUCUUUACUGCUAACCUAUAUGUGCAAUGUUGCUAAUUCAUGCUUCUCUAAAAAGUCAUCUGGGAUUGGUGUUCUGGAGUCAAUUGAGCAACCAGAGCAAUGCUGCUUUGUGGAGGCUGCUAUUGCGUUCUUCAAACUAGAGCACCUGGACAUUAAUGUCACGAUCAAAUCUCUAGCGGAGUUGCUUGUUGCAAUUCAUGAUAUGCUUGCCGAGUUUGGGGUCUGUUGUGCUCGGGCAAAUUGUGAAGAACAAGAUGGGACAUUCUUGAAACUUGCAAUUAAGCAUCUUUUGGCCUUAGACAUGAAGCUGAAGUCUACUAACUCUCUGUAUAAGGGUGAACAAGCCAAGUUUGAUCGACAGACUUCCAAAAAUGUUCAGCUUAAAACAGAAUCACGUUUGGUUAUGUCUGAUACGGAAGUGGGCAAAAUUCACAAGGAUGAAAGCAAAUCGGCAGAGAAAAAUGUUUCCCGAAGUACGUGUGCUGAAAAAUUUUCUUCUGUUUUAGAGAAGGAACAAAUAGACGUGAAGUAUGACAGUGAUGUUGGCUAUGUGCCUGACAGCAUGUCCAGUGACGAAGAAACAGAAAAUAGUCAAAAUAUAGCGUGUGGAAAUGAGCUAAAUGAUGAUGAAAAAGAGGAGCUUGAGCUCAUCAUCGAUAAUGCAUUAGAUCAAUGUUUUUACUGUCUGUAUGGUUUGAAUCUGAGAUUAGAUUCAUCUACUGAAGAGGAAUUAGUGAAACAUAAAAACACAAGCCAAGGAGAUUACCAGACUAAAGAACAGUGUGCAGACGUGUUUCAGUAUAUACUUCCAUAUGCAAGAGCUUCAUCAAAAACUGGGAUGGUUAAACUUAGGAGGGUGCUGAGAGCCAUACGCAAACACUUUCCUAAACCGCCUGACAGGGAUUUAGCUGGAAAUCCAAUUGAAAAAUUCUUAGAUAAUCCUGAAUUAUGUGAAGAUAAACUCUCAGAGGAGGCUGGGUCUGAAGGAUUUUUGAGUACCAUGAGGAAGAUUGUGUUUUCAGAGGAUGAACCCCCCAAACAUCAAAACUCGUCGUCACUGGAAAUCUCGGACCCAUUCCUGGAAGUUUAUCAGAAUUUGUAUUAUCUUCUUGCACAGUCCGAAGAACUUAGCGCCACUGAUAAAUGGGCUGGUUUCGUUCUAACUAAGGAAGGGGAAGAAUUUGUAGAUAAUAAUGCAAAUCUCUUCAAAUAUGAUUUGAUAUAUAAUCCUCUCCGUUUUGAAAGUUGGCAGAGGCUUGCAAAUAUAUAUGAUGAGGAGGUGGACUUGCUGCUUAAUGAUGGCAGUAAACAAGUAAAUGUAUCUGGAUGGAGGAAAAGUGUUUCUCUACCUCACAGAGUUGAAUCAAGCCGUAGAAGGAGCAGACGAUGCUUAUUGAUGACUUUAGCUUUGGCAAAGACAGCAACUCAACAGGGUGAGAUACACGAGCUUUUGGCAUUAGUUUAUUAUGAUGGUCUUCAGAAUGUGGUACCAUUUUAUGAUCAGAGGUCUGUCGUGCCCCUAAAAGAUGCAGCAUGGAAGGUGUUUUGCCAGAAUUCUAUGAGCCACUUCAACAAAGCCUUAAAACACAAGGAGGAUUGGUCUCAUGCAUUUUAUAUGGGUAAACUCUCUGAGAAACUUGGAUACCCUGAUGAUACAUCAUUCUCAUACUAUGCUCAGGCUAUCAUCAUGAACCCGUCAGCUGUAGAUCCAUUCUACAGGAUGCAUGCAUCUCGGCUGAAGUUACUCUGCAAAUGCAGGACGCAAAAUGAAGAGGCUCUAAAGGUUGUUGCAGCACAUUCGUUUGCUCAGUCCACAAAAGAUACCGUCACAAAUUUGUUGAGUGGACUUGGUUGUGAAACUCCAGAGACAUUAACGAAUAUCAAGGAUGGUUUACCCAAUAACAACUCUGGCGUGAUAGCCUUAACCAAAUUUGAGAAGGCAUGGAAUAUUCUUUACAGUGAUUGCCUUUCUGCCUUAGAGACGUGUGUGGAAGGAGACCUUAAGCAUUUUCACAAAGCCAGGUAUAUGCUUGCUCAAGGGUAUUACAGGAGAGGUGGUACUGGGGAUCUUGAGAAAGCAAAGGAGGAACUCUCUUUUUGCUUUAAGUCAUCUCGUUCGUUGUUUACGAUCAAUAUGUGGGAGAUUGACAGUAUGGUCAAGAAAGGAAGACGCAAGACUCCAGGUCCUUGUCACAGGCGAUCUCUUGAAGUCAACUUAGCAGAAAGUUCUCGUAAAUUUAUAACUUGCAUCAGGAAAUACAUCUUGUUCUACUUGAAGUUACUGGAGGAGACUGGAGAUAACACUACCCUUGAACGGGCUUAUAUCUGUCUUAAGGCAGAUAAACGGUUCUCUUUGUGCCUUGAAGAUCUUCUGCCAGCGGCUAUUGGGAGGUAUAUUAAGGCCUUAAUUACGUCCAUAUGUCAAGCCAGUAGUGGCUCUUAUACUGCUACAGACCAAGUUGAGCAUUUGCUGGAGAAACUAUUCAACUUGUUCUUGGAGCAGGUGAACUUGUGGUCAGAUAUUUGCAAUUUGCCUGAGCUCAAAAGCCCAGAACUGACUGAAAGCAGCCUCUAUGGAUAUAUCAAUCAGUAUAUUCAGCUAUUAGAGAGAAACAUCAAAUUCGAAACACUUGAAGGAAUAAAUGAGAAGAUCCGUAAGCGUUUGAAGAAUCCAAAAUUGUCUAAUAGCAACCUUUCCAAAGUGUACAAGCAUGUUUCUGCAGCCUGGUGUAGAUCACUUGUCAUCAGUAUGGUCUUAAUAACACCGUUGCACUCAAGAAUUUCGACCGAGAUUCAUGGUAUGGACUCGUCGGGUGGUGGGCCGGAAAUCGAACAGCUUCUAUGUGUUGAUCUCCAGCCUGAGGAAUUGUGGAGUUCGGCUUUUGAAGAUCUAAAUCAUCUCAAGACUCUUGAAAAUAAAUGGAACCCUUCACUGUCUAAGAUAAAGAAUGUCAUAAUCAAGAGAGUCUCAGAUGAGGAUUUGGAAACUGCAGCCACACUGCUCAAAUCUUCUUAUAAUUUCUACAAGGACACAUCCUGUUCACUGCUUCCUUCUGGCGUAAAUCUUUAUAUUGUACCAGUUCAGCUUGGGACUGAGACUUAUAUCCAGCCUGGCAUUGAGGGGAUCGACAUACUGGACAUGAAUACUUCACGGAAGCUCCUUUUGUGGGCUUAUUCGCUAUUCCACGGUCAUUAUGUGAGUAUCUCCCAUGUUAUCAAGCACUGUGAAGAAAAUGUGAGGUUAAGGAUUAGGAAGGGAACAGGAGGUACGUCCACUCCUUCAAAUGCACAAACACCAACUACCGCCGCUUCUCAAAUUGGUGGUGGAACCAAAGACGGUACUGUCAAAACCAGCGAGGCAGAAACUGUUACACUUACACCUCCUUCAUUGCCUGAAACACAAGGCACCCUUAAACUGGAAACUUUGCCAGAGACCUCGAAGAACACACAAAGAGAACCGUCCACUUUGCCAGAGAAUGACAAUACACAAAAUUCGUUACAGGAUUGUGUGGCAGAGACAAAGGGAAAUGGAAACACAGCUAAGAUGCCGUCAGCAUCAUUAUCUCCAUUUGGGGAGACAAAUAACAGCAUGGAAAGUGUGUUGCCAACGAUUGAUGAUGAUGAUGAAGCCAGUGUAGUUUAA